UUGGGAGGGCUCUUUCCUUUACAUUUCAGUCCUAUUUCAUCGCUUUCUUCUUAUAAGACCAAACCUACUCCAACCACAUAUAAAUUGUGUGUUAUACUUUUGAAUUCUCAUAUGUGUUUUGUAAGAAAAAGAUGUUUUACAUUAUUUGUCUCUUCAGUUAUUUUCUUGUUUUUUUUUCUUUUCUUCUUUGUUGCAUAGCUGUUUGUAAUUGAUUAAAUGUAUGUGAAAUAUGUUGCAGUUUUACCCCUCGAGCCUUGAGGUGGAUGCAGACAAUGAUCUUUGCUGUAAGAGAAAUAAACCAACGACAAGAUCUUUUACCAAACCUGUCUCUGGGCUACCACAUCAGGGACAGCGGUGAUGAUAUACCAGUGUCUGUGAAAAGGUCUCUUCUCCUGGUCAAUGGACAACCAGAUAAGGACAGUGGACAGAGCUGUGAAGAUACACGAAAGCAGCCUAGCCCUGUAGUUGUGGGAGAGGCAUCAUCAGGAAUAUCUAUGGCGGUUCUGAGAAGCCUAGGCUGCUUCAAAAUACCUUUAGUGAGUUAUUUUGCAUCCUGCUCUUGUCUCAGUAACAAGAAAGAGUUUCCAGCAUUCAUGCGGACCAUGCCAAGUGAUCUAUUUCAAAUCAAAGCUUUAGCAAAACUUGUGCAUUAUUUUCAGUGGACAUGGGUCGGGGUGAUUGGUGUGGAUACAGACUAUGCCCGAUUUGCAAUCCAGCUCUUUUUGAAAGAGUCACAACAGUUGAAUAUUUGUCUUGCUUAUGUCCAACUUUAUCCUGUUGCACUAAAUCAAGAUUCAGCAGAAGAACUUGUGAGGAUGUUGAAAUCUUCUUCUGCCACAGUCAUAAUAAGCUUCUCUGUAGACUCUUAUCUUUAUGGUAUUCUAAAAGAAUGCAGACGGCAAAAUGUCACACAUCUGCAGUGGAUUGCCAGUGAGGCUUGGGCCACAUCGAAAUCCCUCUGGGAGGAAUUUGGUGAUCUGCUAAAGGGUACAUUGGGUUUUGCCAUACAUAGAGCUGAUAUCCCACAUCUUGGCAGUUAUCUUAAAGAAAUAAGACCUCAGACCUCCCAUUUCCUCUCUGAGUUUUGGGAAGAGACUUUUCGUUGUCGACUGAAUGGUUCCUUAAACACUCAUGCACAUGGAGAACAGGCACAAAACUGGCCAGCCUGUAAUGGUAGUGAAAGUCUGGAUGAUGUGUACACCACUUAUUCAGAUGUGUCACAACUCAGAGUCUCCUACAAUGUUUACAAAGCUGUGUAUCUCAUAGCACAUGCACUGCAUGACAUGAGCACAUGUGUUCCAGGAAAGGGCCCAUUCCAGAAUGGGACAUGUGGGAGUCUGUUUCAAAUUCAGCCAUGGCAGCUCCUGUACUACAUGAAACAAACUAAUUUCACAACCUUAGGGGAAGAGAUCAGAUUUGAUGAGAAUGGUGAUCCUAUUGCAUCUUAUGACCUUAUGAACUGGCAAAGAGGAUCCGAUAGCUCCCUUCAACUUGUCAGGGUGGGAUUCUAUGAUGCCUCCCUUGAAGAUGACAAGGACCUAGUCAUAGAUGAGUCACUAAUUAUGUGGCACAGAGCAGAGAAGGCACCAGAAUCAUUGUGCAGUAAAAGCUGUCUGCCAGGGUCCAGGAAGGCCAGGCAAAAAGGAAAGCCAGUCUGCUGCUUUGACUGUAUAUCAUGUGCUGAAGGAGAGAUCAGUAAUCAUACAGACUCAAUUGAAUGCCUGACAUGUUCCGAGGACACGUGGCCUAACCAAUCCCAAGACCAGUGCAUCCCCAAAACUUUAGAGUUUUUGUCCUUUCAGGAGCCCUUGGGAAUAAUUCUUUGGGUAUUUUCAGCAUUCGGGGCCUGUGCAGCAUUAGCAGUGCUCUGUGUGUUUGUAAUGUAUAGGAAGACUCCAGUCGUACGUGGAAACAAUAUAGAGUUAAGUUUCCUUCUUCUGUUGUUCCUCUGUGCUUGUUUUUUGAUUGGCCUAACAUUUUUAGGGAAGCCAACUGAUUGGCUAUGCCAAAUUCGCUAUCCAGCUUUUGGAAUCAGCUUUACACUCUGUAUUUCAUGCAUCUUGGCAAAAACUGUGGUCGUUUUAAUGGCUUUCAGGGCCACCAUCCCUGGCAAUAAUGUCAUGAAGUGGUUUGGUCCUGUUAAACAAAGAUCAAGUGUUAUCCUGUGCACAUGUGUGCAAGCACUUAUUUGCAUCAUAUGGUUAACAACUAAGCCCCCUCUUGCUUCAUACAACAGCAAGUUCAUGAGUGAAACUAUAAUUGUUGAAUGUUCUGUGGGAUCUGAAAUUGGAUUUUGGUGUGUGCUGGGAUACGUUGGCCUUCUUGCUUGCUUGUGUUUUUUAAUGGCAUUUUUGGCUAGAAAGUUACCAGACAACUUUAAUGAGGCUAAAUUUAUCACAUUCAGCAUGCUCAUAUUUUUUGCUGUGUGGAUAACCUUCAUUCCAGUCUACCUGAGCUCAAGUGGAAAGUAUAUGGUUGCUGUCCAUGUCUUUGCUAUUCUAGCUUCUGCCUUUGGUCUCUUGCUAUGUAUAUUUUUUCCUAAAUGUUAUAUUGUAUUACUGAAGCCAGAGAAAAAUGAUAAAAAACAUAUAAUGAAAAAAUAGUAAAAAUAUUUGCUGCAUGCUAUUUUAAAUUGUCUGAGUCUUAAAAUUUGUGUGAUUAUUUGCAAUUUUUGACAAAUAGCUUGCUAUGCACAUAAUUGAUCAGUCAUGUUUGAUGCAAAUGUCUGUAAAAUGGUACUUGUAAAUAAUUAUAGUUUUUAUUAAACCUUACUAAUUCACUUUU